AAAAUAAUCUCCAAACGUAUAUAUCCAAAGCUUGUAAAUACGGUUACUAUAUCAUUAUCAUCAAUUAUUUAACAACGUUCUUCACAGGGUGAGAACGAACCUUACAUCCAUGGAUGAUGCCAUUUUGGAUUCUAUAUUAAUUAUUCACGGGUUCUUCAUCUGUUAAAAGCAAUUGGGAGAUCAGCACCUUAAACUAGCCUUCUAAAUUCAGCAUGUCGGAACAUAACAUACCAAAUCCAGAUCUCCCCAACGAGAUCAUAAACGACAUUCUUUCUCGACUACCAGUUAAAUCCUUGUUGCAAUUCAGGCGUGUAUCAAAGCAUUUUAGAGAUUUAAUUUCCGACACCUGUUUCAUCAAAUCACACCUUAAAAAAGCCGAAGCGUUAUCAACUCAUCAUCGAAUCCUUGUUCCAACUUCCCCUCUUCUUUCCUUGAACUAUAACUUAUCACCAAAUGAUCUUAAUGCAUCGAUAGAGCUUAAUUGUCCUUUUCUAAACUCGAGAAAUGCAAUCAAGAUUUUGGGUUCUUGCAAUGGGUUGGUAUGCAUAAUCGAUGGGUCAAAAGAUCUGACCAUCUACAACCCGUCAACUAGAAGAUAUUUUAAACCAUUUCGGUCACCACAAGCUCUUUCUGGUUCGAAUGAAUCAAAUCAGAUUGAAUACGUGUACGGAUUUGGUUAUGGGUCAAACCCGAGUGAUCUAAGAUUGAUUAGAUUUCCACGGUUUGGUCGUGACUCUGGACACAUUAGAUUCGGUAUAUAUGAUUUCAUCGAUACAGCGGGUACUUUCUUGAACGGGUCACUUCACUGGUUAGCCCGUCAUAGCAACAUUGAGGAUGAAAAUCGAGUGAUAGCUUCAUUUGAUGUAUCUAAACAGACGUUUAGUGACGUUUAUCUACCCCCUCAAGAGCCGAAUCUGCCAUAUUACAUGUUGGGUGUUUUAAAAGGAUGUCUUUAUGCACUUGGUGAUGGUGUAUUCCAUACAGAAGUUGAGGUAUGGUUGAUGCAGGAAUAUGGGGUGGUCAACUCUUGGUCAAAGUUCGUAAAGAUUCCUGUUGAUAUGUGGACCGGCAGCAUUUCAUAUAUGAGGCCUUUGAGAUCUGUAAAUGAUGAUGAAAUUGUUGUGGAGAUUGAUCUGCAGUCGUUUGCGAUAUAUGAUACUAGGAAGAAGACUUUUAGGCGUGUUAAAGGCGUAGGUAAUUUGAAGUGGUUCGGGGAUGCUACGGUUUAUGUGGAGAGCCUGGUUUCACCUCAGGUCUCAUGUAUGUUGUAUUGAUCUUAGUUUCAUGAAUUAGAUCAUUUGUUUUACUUUCUUUGGUUGUAUUGCACCUUUUUAUGUGUUUGGUUAGUUUCAUGAAUUAGCCAAAACACAUUAAUAAUUUACCAGUCACAUGUAUAUUAAAUA